GGACUCCCCCUGUACGGACGCAAACGCACCGUCGCUGCUGCACUCUGCUUUUUGUUUUGUUUUUUCAUUUGUAUUUUUUUCAAUGUUGUGUUGUUUUGUGGACGUGGAAUUGUUUUUUAACAUGAAACAGAUGGAAAUCCCGAUUUUAUUUUGCUUCUUUAUUUGGGUCACGGUGUUGCCGGCCUGCUGGUGCGCCCACAGCAAAUACGCCCAGAAGCUCCUCAGCGAUCUGUUCGCCAACUACACCAGCGCUCUGAGGCCGGUGGAGGACACGGGCGACAUACUGAACGUCACCCUGCAGGUCACGCUAUCGCAAGUCAUCGACAUGGACGAGCGAAACCAAAUUCUGACUGCUUACUUGUGGAUAAGGCAAGUGUGGCUGGAUGCACAUCUUAAAUGGAGUCAAGACGACUAUGAUGGCCUCGAUACCAUCCGUAUACCUAGCAGUUAUGUAUGGAGACCUGAUAUAGUCCUAUAUAACAACGCUGACAACCACUUCACCGGCCCCAUGGACACCAACGUGGUUAUCCGCCACGACGGCCAGAUCAUGUGGGACUCGCCAGCCAUCACCAAGAGCUCGUGCAAGGUGGACGUGUCCUUCUUUCCCUUCGACUCUCAGCAGUGCAGGUUUACCUACGGCUCGUGGACCUACAACGGCAAUCACCUGGACAUCCUCAACGCCAUGGACAGCGCAGACUUGGCCGACCUGGUAGACAACGUGGAGUGGGAGGUUUUGGGGAUGCCGGCCAAGAGGAACGUGAUUCUGUACGGCUGCUGUGCUGACCCGUACCCAGAUAUCACCUACACCUUGAAAUUAAAAAGGAGAGCGUCUUUCUAUGUCUUUAACCUAUUGAUACCUUGUGUGAUGAUCUCCUUCCUGGCUCCUCUGGGCUUCUACCUGCCUGCUGACUCUGGAGAGAAGGUGUCUCUGGGUGUCACCGUGAUGCUGGCGCUGACCGUCUUUCAGCUGUUGGUUGCGGAGAUAAUGCCACCCUCGGAGAACGUACCACUCAUUGGAAAGUACUACAUCGCAACUAUGACCAUGAUCACAGCCUCCACGGCCUUGACCAUUUUCAUCAUGAACAUCCACCACUGCGGCCCAGAUGCCAAACCAGUCCCCAAGUGGGCCCAGAAGGUCAUCCUGCAGUACAUGGCCAGAAUGUGCUUUGUUUACGAGGUUGGGGAGAACUGCAUGUCUCCCCUGUCGGAGAAACAGGACGCUCCAGUGGUAAACCGCAACGUGAACGGCUUGGUGGGGCCCUGCACGGAGGACCGUACGUUUGUGACGGAAAUGGGACAAGAGGCGGAUCAGAGAGAAGGUUUAGAUCAACUGAUGACUCCUGAUGGCUCCAUAGGGGUCAACCCCACCAAUCACUUCAACUACUGGAAGAACGGCGCCUUUGUGAGCGCGGAUUGUGAGGGGUCGGGCAGCGGGAGGAGAUGCCGGAAAGGCGGCGUUAGCGACGGCGAGCAUAAAGGCACAGAGGCGUCCUAUGACGAAAGGAUGCUGCUGCUGCCCAACGUUGAGUACAUAGCCAACUGCUACAGAGAGCAGAGGGCCACCCACAAGAGGACUGGAGAGUGGAAGAAGGUGGCCAAAGUCUUAGACCGCUUCUUCAUGUGGUUGUUCUUCAUCAUGGUCUUUUUAAUGAGUUUUCUCAUAAUGGGGAAAGCCAUCUAAACCCAAAUUAUUCAAAUAGGAGUCAAGCUGGAGAAUAAUCCUUAUCUACUGUAUUCUGUAUGUCUGAAUAGACGAACUGU